AGCUAGCCCGCUUGUCUGUGCCUGGGGCGGCGGCGGCUGCCUAGUGACAGCGGCGGCGGCACCAGGCCAGGCGGAGCAGUGUAGGGUGGUGCAGCCCGGAAACGCACACCUGGACAAAGGGCGGCGCGGCGCGAGGAAGACCCGACCUGGGUCGCGCGUGAGGGGACCUCGCGGACGUGGGGCGAGAGGCCGGCGUGAGGGAGCGUCCAGGCGGUGGCCGCCGGCGGCCGGGUCCCGCCUGCCGCCGCCGGCAUGAGCCACAUCCAGAUCCCGCCCGGGCUCACAGAGCUGCUGCAGGGCUACACCGUGGAGGUGUUGCGGCAGCAGCCGCCCGACCUCGUCGACUUCGCGGUGGACUACUUCACCAGCCUGCGCGAGGCCCGCUCCAGAGCCUCCACCCCGCCCGCCGCCCCUCCUUCCGGCUCCCAGGGUCUAGAGCCCGGCCCUGGCCUUGUCGCCGAUGCGAUCGCGGACAGCGAGUCGGAGGACGAAGAGGACUUGGACGUUCCAGUUCCUAACAGAUUUGAUCGACGAGUAUCAGUCUGUGCUGAGACCUAUAACCCUGAUGAGGAAGAGGAGGAUACUGAUCCAAGGGUGAUUCAUCCUAAAACUGAUCAACAGAGGUGCAGACUUCAGGAAGCUUGUAAAGAUAUUCUUCUUUUCAAAAAUCUUGAUCAGGAACAGCUUUCUCAAGUCCUCGAUGCCAUGUUUGAAAGGACAGUCAAAGUUGAUGAGCAUGUCAUUGACCAAGGAGAUGAUGGGGACAACUUUUAUGUCAUUGAACGGGGAACCUAUGAUAUUUUAGUAACAAAAGAUAAUCAAACCCGCUCUGUUGGUCAGUAUGACACCCAUGGCAGUUUUGGAGAACUAGCUCUGAUGUACAACACCCCGAGAGCUGCUACCAUUGUCGCCACUUCAGAAGGCUCCCUUUGGGGACUGGACCGUGUGACAUUUAGAAGAAUCAUAGUGAAAAAUAAUGCAAAAAAGAGGAAGAUGUUUGAAUCAUUUAUUGAAUCUGUGCUGCUUCUUAAAUCACUAGAGGUGUCAGAACGAAUGAAGAUUGUGGAUGUAAUAGGAGAAAAGGUCUAUAAGGAUGGAGAGCGCAUAAUCACUCAGGGUGAAAAGGCUGAUAGCUUUUACAUUAUAGAGUCCGGUGAAGUGAGCAUCUUGAUUAAAAGCAAGACUAAAGCAAACAAGGAUGGUGGGAACCAAGAGGUCGAGAUUGCCCGCUGCCGUAAGGGGCAGUACUUUGGAGAGCUUGCACUGGUCACCAACAAACCCAGAGCUGCUUCGGCUUAUGCAGUGGGAGAUGUGAAAUGCUUAGUUAUGGAUGUACAAGCAUUUGAGAGGCUUCUGGGGCCCUGCAUGGACAUCAUGAAGAGGAACAUCUCGCACUACGAGGAACAGCUGGUGAAGAUGUUCGGCUCCAGCAUGGAUCUGAUAGAUCCUGGGCAGUAGGUGUGCCACACCCCAGAGCCUUCUCCAUGUGACACCAAAACCUUCCGGUCAGCCACAGAACACAAACAGAAAAUGUGACAGAACUGUUCCUGCUGUUGCCGCCACCACUGCCUUUGCUAUGGCUGUGGGCGUUUAGAAAACUUGGAAGUCAGCACUAAAGGAUGGGUAGAGGUUCAACCCACACCUCCACUUUGCUUCUGAAAGCCCAUUAUUAGACCACUUGUAAUGAUUACUCCAACCCAGUUUUCACAUCUUUGGUUCAAAAUGGCAUGUCUCUCCAACAAUUUAAGUGCCUGAUACAAAGUCCAAAGUGUAAACAUCUUCCUUUCCUCUCUUGCUGUUACUGUUGCUUUUGGAAGUUACCACAGGUUGGCACAAACCUGUUGUAUAACUGUAGGCACCCUCCCCAAACCUUUUUUAGCCUUCUGUUUCCUCAUUUGUCCUUUGAGAAAGUCCACAACUGUAGCCUUUGGUUCUACCAUCAAAAAUCGUGGCAGAUGUGAUGGAGGUCUGUGGUCCUGUGGCAUUGUACUGCCUGCUGACAGUGGCACACAUGACAGCUGUCCCCAAACUCUCAGUGAUGCUUAGGGAAAGACCCUGCCCAGGGCCCAGCAGGUCAGCACCCCAAAGCACACUGAUCAGACAUUGGAACCCACGUUAGAGCAGAAAAUUUGAGUUUAGCACAUUUUACAGGUAGCAGAGAGCCAGGGAAGGUUUUCUGGGUUGGGGGCGGGGGUGUUUUAUUUUGUUUUAGUAGAUUUUGUUUUGUUUAAUCUCUGUGCAGUUUGCACGAGUGAAUUGCUGUCCAUUUUUAAGGAGCUGGGGUCUGGGAGUGCCAUCACUGUAUCUGACCUAAAUACUUUCCUGGGCAACUCCUGCCCAUCUCUUAUUACCAGUUCCUCUUACUGAUGGCAAUGUGCUGGUAAAGAGAGACCUUUCCCUCUACUCCAGAGUUGUUAUGUAGCUUUGCUGUUGAACCAUCAAUCUUUAAACUCUUUAAAGAAGCAGCUAUUUUUUUGAAAAAAAAAAAAAACCAACUAUCUAUUUAGAGAAUUUCCCUGGACAUAUUCAUAUGUAUCAGUUUGUCAGCUGACUCAGGCAUUCAUCUUAAAGAUCAGCUCUUUUUGUUAGUUUUUAAAAAUCAGCAUCAUUUACAAUUUCCUAGAAUUACUGCAAAGACCUUUCUAAUUAAGAUGUUGGGAUAUUUAGGGUUUCAGUUGUUAAUCCCAGAGGAAAGUAAUUUAGCUUGUAUUUUAAAACUUUUUAAACCUUUUGAUUAUAUCAGGUGGAAUUCUAAUGAAUUAUCAUAAUUAACUAGAUAUAUUUCAGAAUGAAAUUUUUUUUCUUCAGAAUAACCUAGAAUCAGAUGCUAUAAGAGAUCCUAAGAGCAGUUUGAAAUUUACCUAAAGAUAAAUUUGGAUGUCAUAGCCAAGUUUAUAUUAAAUCAAGAGGCCCUUUCCAAUAUGAAUUUUUUUACCUUGUAUAUCUCAAUAAACCCCUAAGCGAUUACAUGCUGGGGCUUGAGUCAUUCCUGUUGUAGACAGUGAUGGAGACCAUAUGGUCACCUUCCAUUGUCCUCCUAAUAAGCCAGGCUGUCUGCUUUUGCCACGAACAGUAUGGUCAAGAGAUUUUCAGAGUGGUGACCCAUCGCAACCUUGGUCAAUUCUCCCUUUUCCUUGUGCUCCAUGAAGUGAAAGCAGAAGGACUCUUUCAUACUGCCCUAGGUAGCCUGCCUUGCAGGUCUCAGAAUUGUGAAACAUUGUAACUAAUACUCCAAAACAGGCAGCUAGCACUGGGAAAGCCUGUGUGGUUUUUCCCACGGUUUUCUGAGGUUCUUAUUUUCUAUGGUGUUGCUUUAGUAUCAAAUAUAAAUUAAGAAAGCAGAUAUUGCACUUCAGCAAACAAGAACCAUACCUGUUUCUUACACAGGUAACAGGUACGUUCAACUUCAGGAGUGACACAGAGGUGUAGCCCCCAGACUGUGUAAGGACUGUUUAAACACUGAGCAGGGGAACUUCCCUGGUGGUGCAGUGGAUAAGACUCCACGCUCCCAUUGCAGGGGGCCCAGGUUCGAUCCCUGGUCAGGGAACUAGAUCCCACAUGCGUGCCACAACUAAGUGUUCGCAUGCCACAACUAAGGAGCCUACAUGCUGCAACUAAGGAGCUGGCAAGCCGCAACUAAGGAGCCUGCCUGCCUCAACUAAGACCCAGCGCAACCAAAUAAAAUAAAUAUUUUAAAAAUAAAAAUAAAUAAAUAAACAAACACUGAGUGGAUGCUGCCUUACACCCCGCAUGCCAGCAUUAGUUAGGGCCAGCUGUGAACUCCGACCCAGUCACUCCCGCAGGCUGCUAGGGAUGGGACUUCUCAUCUUGCCCUCUUUCACAUCCCAGUUCAAUCUUCCCCUUCAUAGAAGCCUCUUUGACACCCCCAACUUACUGAUGCUUUCAGUUUUACAAAGUAGAAUUCAUCAGGUUUAAGUCUUCCUGCUCUAACUGCGGAUUGACAUGGAUCAUCAGUCCAGACCCUCACUGCAUAUAGGGCCCCUUGAGGGUCUGACUUGAGGAAGGGAGACUUUACAGGGACCAGUGUGAGUGAAAAGGACACAGCCAUUACCAAGGUGCCAGGAGUCUGACAGUGUUCCAAUUCUCUUUACAGCAUGAGGAAUUGAAGGUGGCAGACCAAGUUCAGCUCAGGACUCUGGUGUCCACAUUGUGCUGGGCAAGCCCUGCACUGAGAGUUGAGCCUCACAGGGAGGAGCAUGUGUUGGGAAGAGGUCUUUUUUUUUUUUUUUCCGGUAUGCGGGCCUCUCACUGUUGUGGCCUCUCCCAUGGCUCAGUGGCCAUGGCUUACGGGCCCAGCCGCUCUGUGGCAUGUGGGAUCCUCCCAGACCGGGGCAUGAACCCGCAUUCCCUGCAUCGGCAGGCGGACUCUCAACCACUGCGCCACCAGGGAAGCCCGGGAAGAGGUCUUUUUGAUAAUUGUUUUAUACUGUUCUCUUCUAUGAUGGUUUAGAGCUUCAUGCUGUCUUUUCUGGCUUUGCUAUUGAUUUUGCAUGGUGGAGAAUGUACCUGAGAGCCUUGAGGUUCAACCUGCAGUAUUAUUCUUCCUGCUGGCCCCAGUUUAAUACACCCACUUUCUUCUUUUGGUUGUAUUAUCUGAAGGAAGGGUUCAUCUGCUCUGUCCUCUUAGUCCAUAGUCCUUAUAUAUAAAUAUGUUAUGUAUAAUUGCAGUAGAUUCUCAGAAAUCAGGGUGGAGCUUUUCUUUGAACAGUUUAAUGAGCGAAUUCAGCAGCAAAGUGUCAAGAAAUGAUUCUCCAGCCAGGAGAGGUCAUGUUCAUCCUCUUAUUGCCCAGAUUCUCUAGUCACAACGGUACAGUAGUCAGUGAGAGGUGCCACUGGCACCCAACAGCCCCUGGGCACACAGCAUUUCCAUGUCCUGUCACAGUGUACAAACAAUUCUCUCAUUUAGGAAAACUGAAUGAGCAUUUUUGCACAGAGAAAAAGGAAAAAGACCCACGAAUGUCAUCUUUUAUAUUUUGUUUUCAGUUGGCUAAUGUUGAAUUUUUUGUUCUUGACAUGCACUUGUAAACCAAUCUUGCCAAGAUACAAGUUGUUUUGGUUUUUCACUACAA